GAAAUAUCCUUAUCUCCAAGUAUGUUUUCUACUAAAGUUGUAGAACAAGAAACAUCAACUCUGAAUAUAGCUUCUGAAGUUGUAGAACUUGCUUCCAACUUAUCACCGGCACUUCCCACAACUACUCAAAUAACACGACAACCUUUGAAUAAUAUUGAGUUAUCUGUUGAAGAACAUAAUGAACAUCAUACUUCAUCUUCUAAAAUUUGCAGUUACUGUUCGGGUAAAGGCCAUAAUAUUCAUGGAUGUUCAAAGUAUAAAUCUGAUCUAGCUGACAAAGAGAAUCAUUAG